AUGUUAUUUGAGCGGGGGCCGCGGGCCUCGGCGAUCGCAGAGCAGAGGAUGCAGAAAGCCGCCUACUAUGACAACGCGGGGCUCUUCGGGGGCUACACCUACAGCAAGGCCGACGCCUACCCCUACAGCGCGGCCCACCAGCCCUACGGCCAGGCCGGCUUGGACGGCGAGUACCCCGGCUCCGCCUGCUCCGUCCAGGGCUCGGCGCCCGGCCGCGCCCCGGCCCACAAGGGCAGCGAGCUGAGCGGGAGCUGCAUGCGGCCGGGCGGGGGCGGCCCCGGGGGCAGUCAGCCCCCGGGGAUGGGGGAGCAGCCCCCGGCCCUGCCGCCUUCCUCCUCGCCCCCACCCCCUCCCAGCGUGCCCCCUCCGAAAAAAGCCAAAGGGGGCCCGAACUCCUCGGGCUCGGCCACCGCCACUCUCAGCAAGCAGAUAUUCCCCUGGAUGAAGGAGUCCCGGCAGAACUCCAAGCAGAAAACCACCUGCGCCCCCCCAGGAGAGAGCUGCGAGGACAAGAGCCCCCCCGGGCCGGCCUCCAAGAGGGUGCGCACAGCCUACACCAGCGCGCAGCUGGUGGAGCUGGAGAAGGAGUUUCACUUCAACCGCUACCUGUGCCGACCGCGCCGUGUGGAGAUGGCCAACCUGCUCAACCUGACCGAGCGGCAGAUCAAGAUCUGGUUUCAGAACCGCCGGAUGAAGUACAAAAAGGACCAAAAAGCCAAAGGCAUCAUGCACUCCCCCGUCGGACAGUCCCCGGACCGCAGCCCCCCCCUGAGCGGCCCAAACCACGUCGGCUACUCCAGCCAGCUUUCCGGCGUCAACAGCCUCAGCUACGACGCGCCCUCGCCCACCUCCUUCGCCAAGUCCCAGCAGAGUAUGUACGGGCUGGCCGCCUACACGGCGCCGCUGAGCAGCUGCCUGCCGCAGCAGAAGCGCUACGCGGGCGCGGAGUACGACCCCCACCCCAUGCAGAGCGGCGGCGGCGGCGGCUUCGCCAACCCCAGCCUGCAGGGCAGUCCCGUCUACGUAGGGGGCAACUUCGUAGACUCGAUGCCAGCCUCAGGCCCCAUGUUCAACCUGGGGCACCUGCAGCACCCCUCCUCCGCCAGCGUGGACUACAGCUGCGCCGCCCAGAUCCCCGGCGGCCACCACCACGGACCUUGCGACCCCCACCCUACCUACACGGACCUCUCCUCUCACCACACCUCUCAGGGACGGAUGCAGGAGGCGCCCAAGCUCACGCAUCUGUAG